ACUGGCGAAUAGGAGGAGAUGAUGAGAAGCAGCCAAUGAGGGGAUGUCUCUAAGGAGACGCGAUCUUGUUGAUGAUGGAUAGUGUCGUGAGGAACAGAUCAAUUCUCCGGACGCCAUUCCCUCAUAAGGCCAGACCCCCCCAGCCCACUGCACAUCCCUCUCCUUUCCUCUUCGUUUUCCUUUGCGGUCUCUUUCUCCGCCCGUUCUUUCGUUUUGCGGUCGGUGGUCUCGACUGCCUCGCUAAAAUGCCUCAGACUAACAGACUUCCUCACAGAGUGCUUGCUUUUGUCAAGCUUACCGCACCCACAAUCUCUUGACUGCUAGACAGUGCCCCUGCUCAGCGUAGACCGCUUCCUUUCGUUUAUCCUAUACCUUCGCUUUCCUCGUUUAACGCACCAAACAUCCUUUUCGGCUUUAUCACUCUUUCAAGUUCAACAUGAAGUUCAUUCUUUUCGGUCUUACUCUCGCGAGCGUCGCUUCUGCUCAAAUUCAAGUCAAUGGCAUUUCCAUGGUCCCCGCGUCGAUGGCGUCGGCGAUGUCGGCUGCACCCAUGGCUUCUGAAGCUGCAAUGUCAUCUGCAGCGCCCUCAGUGAUGACUUCCUCAAUGAUGGCUGCUUCCUCUUCUGCUGCUCCUUAUCAAGCGAGCUCAGCACCGCCUGCAAUGUAUACGGCUCCACCAGCGUACUCGCCCCCUCCCCCGAUGCCUUAUGAAUCUUUCAUGGGCGGUGGUUACAAGAGCAUGGAUUGCGGUUAUGGAUACCAGAAGGGCAGCGAUGGUUCCUGCCAGCAGAUGUCUUGGAUGUCAACCCAGGGCUGCUACCAAAAUAGUGGCUACAACCAGAACUGCAUGGCAUCAACGGUUACCAAGACCGAGGUCAAGACCAUGACAGACACAAUGACCGUGACCAAAACGAUGACGGACACCAUGACGAAGACUGUGCCCACUACCAUCACUCAGACCAACACAGUGACCAAGGUCAUGACAGACAUAAUGUCCGUGACCAAGACUUUGGUGCAGACUUCUACCGCCCUCGUUCCCACCACUCGUGUGUGGGUUUCUACUGAGAUUAUUGAUCGUACCAAGACCCAAGAGCACACUCUCACUGCGACUGAGACCCGCACUCAAGUCAACGUCUACACCAAGACCGCGACCGAAACCGACACCGCAACUGCUACUGUUAAGGAGACUCAGACCAACUUUGUCACACAGACCUACUUGAGCACCGUCGUCCAGCCCACGACUUCCACUAAGGUUUGGGUCAGCACUGAGAUCAUUGACAACACGAAGACGGUUGAGAGGACUCAGACGGCCACUCUCACUGACAAGAUGACUAUCGUUCAGACUGCCACCAAGACUCAGGUCAUGACCGACUUCAUGACUGUCACUCAAAUCAGUACCGUCGUUCAGCCCACUACCUUCACCUCGAUCUGGGUCAGCACGAAUGUGAUCGAUAAGACUAAGACUGUUGAGAACACUAUCACAUCUACCAUGGUUCAGGAUCACACUGUCCUCAAGACGCAGACUUACCUUUCCACUGCGACUGCUACCCAGACUCAGACACAGACGGCAACUCAGACCCAGACUGCCACUGUUACUGCUGACAACACUGCUCUCGCCACUUGCUUGAGCCAGUGCAAGAGCUCUUGGAAUUUGACGCCUGGAAACAGCAACAACAUGAACACCUAUGCGUCGAUGCCCUCUUCCAGCUACGUUGUCUAUGGUUCGUCGACGUCAUGGUAUGCUCAACCCAUGGCAACCGCUGCCUCCAACUCGAAUGGCAACUACAACCAGCAAUACGGCUCUAGUCAGCAACAGUCUGGUGGCUAUGGCUACAAGGCGUAAACAACGCGAAGCUUUUUCUCAGUGCCUUCAGCUCCCCUACCACACUAACGAGGGGUAGUUUAUCACGAUGCUGCCGAUUUGUUUUCAUGCAUGGACCGUUCAUAGUGGUAUAAGCGUUGCACGCAAUUCGACCUUUCAUGUAGACUUUUCACGAUGUAUUUUUGGUGCGACUAAUGAGCCAAUGUGGAGUUUUGUAGUCAUCUUAUUCCUUUUUUUUUUUUUUUUUUGCUUCAUUGCAGCCAUCUUUUUUAUUGACUCGGACUACUUCCACACAUCACGUACUUGUACUGUACUACCUCAUUCGGGGUACUUGUGCAAUUGACAACCAGAAAGUGUUGCCAACAUAUCUCCUCGCCUCCGAUUGUGAAUCCG